UGUCACUAUACAAUUUCAAAGAAGAUUCUUCUUAUGGAUAUAUCCAUGUUUUCUAUGACUAGGAAAAAGUAAUGCAUCUGACAACUCUGCAUUUUGCUAUCUAUAGAAUAAAAACAAAACAUAAUUUUCAAGCAUGCACAUGUAGUGUUUUGAUCUGAUAGUUAUAGGUUAUAGAUCAUAAAGUACGUAUAAUACGUAAUGUAUAUGGUAUUUGCAUGAUUAAUUGAGGUUUUGCGGGUUCUCUAUAAUGUUUAUCUCAUGACAUUAUAGGUAAUUUACCUAUACCAAUCUAUACCUAUAAUACAGGUAUGCAAUAAAAUUAAAACCUCUUUAAUCCGACACAUAAACAUAUAACAUGGACGUAUAUAUACGUCCAUGAUAUCAUUGAUAUCCAGAAUCCACAAUUUGCUUUCAUUGACAACAUACCUGCAGACCUGCGCAAGUAUAGGUAUAAAGUGCUCCAGACAUGUUGCCGAUAAUUCGUAGAAAUGUAUACUGGGCCAUGUCUCAAACACCGAAACACCUCUCCUCGAGAAAGCUCUGCUCUACGGAAAGCCCACCAAUUAUCACUAACGAAUCCAGUAACGAUAAAGCCGUGAUAACUCUGAACAGACCACACGUACACAAUUGUAUAAACGCUACCCUCGCAUGUGGCCUAUACGAAGCGCUAAAAAAAUUCGAAAAAAAGUCUCUGCUAAUCAUCAAAGGAGCUGGACAAGCAUUCAGUUCCGGAGGAGACUUGAAAUGGAUCUUUCAGAGCAGAAAUGCCGAAGGUUUCAAAAUGUUCACCUACCACAACGCUUGCAUUCUCAAAAUUGCUACCUAUCCAACACCGUGCAUUGCUCUUAUGGAUGGUUUCACCUUUGGUGGUGGUGUCGGCUUGUCUAGGUUCUGCAAAUACAGGGUGGCGACUGAAAGAACGCGACUUGGCAUGCCAGAAACCCUGAUUGGCUUCCAUCCCAACUCUGCAGCAUCUUACUUCUUCACCAGGAUGGAAGGCAGAUUGGGAUGGUACCUUGCUCUGACAGGAGAGACCCUCGAAGGGUCAGAUGUAGUUAGAGCUGGAUUUGCUACACAUUACUGCCGGAGCGAUAGACUGGAAAAUCUAGAGCGAGAUCUUUUGAACAGCCCCAGCUCAGAAGAGUCAGAAGUCGAAAAUAUUCUCAGUGAAUACAGUGAAAAUUUGCCAGAGUUUUCGCUUAGGGAUGAAUUAGAAAAGAUUGAGGAAUGUUUUUCCGCAUCAUCUAUGGAAGAAGUUUUCACGAAACUGGAACAGACUGGGUCUAAGAAGACUUUGGAGUUGUUGAAGCAACUUUCACCCACAGCUUUGAAGGUGACAUUCAGGCAGCUAGAAAAAAGUGGAAAUAUGUCUUUGAAGCAGUGUCUCAAUAUGGAGUACAGCUUGACAGCCAGUUUCUUACUUUUUCAUGAUUUUCCAGAAGGGAUUCGAACCAAGUUUAUAGAUAAAGGCAAGAAACCACGUUGGGCCUAUUCAACUUUAACUGAAGUACCCGAGGAUGUAGUGAAUAAACAUUUCGAAACGCGACCAGGUGAAGAAAAUCAGAGAAAAUUACUGGAACCAAUGGGAGAUUUAUUAUGAAUAUAAUAACAUAGAAAUAAUACUUCUUCCUGUGAUUUCGUUGAAUAUUUAUCGGAACAUUUUGAAAUUGAAUAGGUUAUUGUUUCCACUAGCAGGAGUAGUUCUGAAGAACUGACGUAAUGUUACAUCUUGUUGUUGUUGAAAUGGUGGGCAUCCCAAUAAACAGAUAUCUAUAUCGUACAUAAUAUGAAGGCUGAUGGAACUUAUAGCUAUUAUAUUUCAGCUGUUCCUAAUAUGUAGUAAGUAAAUCAUCUCCACGACAUUUAAUAGAUGAGCAUAGUUAUGUUACAAAUGGGAGGGAUAUGUUUCGGGCUUAUAAUAAGCCAUCAUCAGCCAAGAGGUUUAUCACGUCCUGCAAUAGUAGUUCUUAAACAUGAUCAUUGUGGCCAAUAACUCAACACAAAUGAGGUAGAAACUUGCAAAAUAUGAUAAUCCUAUAACUCAUAUCAUAAAGGAAGAGCACCAACAUGAAUUAUGUUGGAUAUCUCGAAAACCAAGAAAAAUAUGAUAAAACCACAGUGAGAAAAUAGUUAGAUAAUUCAUUUUGUCAUUCAUUGAAAUAUCAAAAUGUGGUUAGUGUCAUACUCUAACAGAUCUACAUCAAUGUCAAACAAAGAGAAUGUGAAAUACCUAUAUCUCCCUGUAUAUUGAUUGAAUCGGUAUGACAUGUUCUUAAUGCAUAUUAUUCACGAUAGUAAAUUGCCCUAUGCAUUCUUUCCAAGGAUUUUGAAAUAUUCAAGAAAAUCUGGAAAUAAAAUUAUUCUUUAUCGUCCUCUCACAGUUCAAUGGUCCAUUUUUGUAAAGAGGUUAGUUGAUUUCAAUCGGUCUAUCUCGGGAUUUUGUUCACCCUGUAGAAUUUAUUAUGACUAAUUUGCUCUGCGCAUGAGCCGUAGUGCGCUACCAUUUGUUAAACUGUUGAACAAUAAGCAACAUAAGCUAAUGAAGGGGUGCUUUUCUUAUGAUAUGGCAGUCCUUAUAAUUGCUGCAUGAAUCACCAUUUUCCCCUUACUUUAAACUUGUGACUUACAACUUACGACUUGAAACUGCUGCACAAAUCCAACAUUAGUGUCCUGGGUUGAGAAAUGAAAACAAAGAGCUUAUAUAACUAAUCAUCGCAGGAUUCAGGAUCUUUCGAAAAUAUUGUAGUAGUAAUUCAUGAAGCGAAUCCUGAUCUCAUUCUCAUAAUGUAUAUAUGGAGUCGAAGACCUCUUGUUAUCCUACACAAUAUUUACGUUACUCCGGCACUGGGACUUUUCGAGCAAACGGGGCCAGACCGGCCCUGUUUUCAUCCCCUUCGCCAACAGCACCGAAUCAAAAUCAAGAGCACCGAGAGAUCGAACGGGCGCUGUGCUGCGCUGCGUUGUAUGUGUGCAACACGACGAGCAACUGUUUCGCGUGACGUCACCAGCGCUGCCUACUUCGUCCUUCGGCCAUGAUGUAGCCGAGGGUCGCUGUUUUGACAUGUUCGGUUUAUUUACAUUCAACAAUGCCUCGAAAAAGAUACGAAAUCAAAUAAAAAAUAUUUGUGCAAGGCUAUCGUGAUGUGGGAGCUAGUCUGAAUACCAGAAAAGUUUAUCGACUUCAGCUCAAGGACCAUUGUUGUUCGUGGGUUGUGACAGUGUGUAGGUGAUCAAUUGUUCUUCAAUGACAGACUUGGUAGCCUAGAUAUAGGUAGUGCGCCCUUUUUCAUCAAUGGUGGCUAACGCCUCAACUGUCACAUGGACUUUGAGCUAUCGGCAUAUCAUUAUUAUCUCAAAAUGAACAGUUAUACUACUGCGUAUUCGAAAAAGUGCACUUUCAAGUGCAGAAUGAGAAUGUGAGUGCAAAUGUCAUUGACCCUUUGUGACACAUUCGGCAUGUGCUGGUGCAUGUAGACACGCGUUCAUGGGCCCCCGCAAGAACUUUUUGGGCCUACUUGAUUUCAAAUCGAGAAGCUGGCGAUAGGUGACAUGAUGUAAGUAUGGUAGCAUGAAUGGAAAAUCCUAGAAACGAAAGGAAAAAAUCGAUCGAUCAAAGAGAAAUCAUAGAGAAUGUCGAUGAAAAUUAUAGGAAUUAUAUAGAUUUCUCCUCGGAUUUCUCUAUUUCAUUGGCAACCCGAUUAGCAGGACUGAAAAACUAAAUUUAUUGGCCAGCCUAAAACAACAUUGUUCUCUAUAUGUUAUACCUACACCUAUAUUUAAUCGGUGAAACGUAGCAAUUAGUCAAUCAACAAUGCAAUUCGUGCAUUGCAUUAUGCAAGACUUAAGAAGAUUGGAAGAUCACUGGAUGCAGAAACAGCUAAAUUGUUGGAGCAAGGGGUUCCUAUCACCAAUCUUAGAAUGGAAAAUUCUCUAAGGUCAGUGAACAAAAAUACAUGGAGUUCUGACCAUCAGGUAGGUUGCAUAUAGAGGUUGGACAUGCUUCAGGUCAUAAAUCUACACCGAGAUCUACACUAAUCUAUCUAUUGUCAUAGACUAAUGACCCUAUAAAAGCAGAAACAGACCCCAAGAUCCUAUAGAGUAUGAACUAGAGAAAACUAAACUUGAGUUACAUAGAUAACCAAAGAUGGACCCAGAAACCUGUAUAUGAACUGGUGUGUGUAUCCAAAUUAUUGGAUGUGGUUGUAUAAAGGUGAUAUUCCAAUAAGCCCAUCAGACCUAGUGAUAAGGUCGAAAAAAAAAAUAGUUCCAAGGACAGUAUUUUAUCACAGGCAGGCGAUUCUGCAAAAUAAAAGAUGUUUCAAUAGGUAUUGGAAAAAGUCGAAAUUCGUUUCGUCUGCAUCAACGAAUUGAGCGAAACUAUGUAUGAAUACCUUCUGGAUCUUGCAUCAAUCGCUGCAGAUAGAUCUUCAAAUUUAAAACCUUGUGGCAUGACUCAACAAGUCGAUGCGGUAAGAGAAUACAACAGGUUGUAUCCUAACUGGAUCGGACAACCUAGGGGAUCGACAAUCGUUGUUUCUUCAAUAGCUAAAUCACAACAUAUCUCAUCUUCAUCGGAGAUUUAGAUCAUCUAUAGCUACACCACAAGCCAAGAAUUAGACAAGCAGACAAAACUUCUAAAGAAACACGAAGGUGUUGGACGGUGUUGGAUAACUGAAGGAACAGAGAUAGCGAAAAAAUUGAAGCAUGAGGUUCCUAUCACCGCACACAAAAUAAAAAAAUUAAUACAAUGGAACAAUAGGGUUUCUCACAUGAUUCUAAAUAAUAUGAAUUGAUGGGAUGGAGAUAACCAAGACGAUACCUACUAUGAAGCUUUGAAGAAGUUUGGCAUGUUUCAAUUAGGACAGGCAAGCCACAUGUGCAUGUAUCGUUAAAAUGAGGUUGAAUCUUCCAGUCCUUGAGCAUGAGAUAAACAGGAAGACCUUCGAAUCAGAGGAAUUGAAUUGUUGAGAGCAAAUUCAACAUUUUCCUAUGGGAACUCAUGUGGUCAGACUGAAACAGGCUGGAUAUUCUUUGUAUGCAUAUGGAAGGAUAACCACGUUUGCCGCAUACGCUUCAACAGGAAGAGUGUGAACUCGGGUUUGAUGAACCAGUGAACCAAUUUCAGUAAACAGACAUACUAACCUUCAUCAGAAGGAUACCGAGUAAGGAAAUGGACAAUCAGGAGCAAGAAACGUAAAUAUAUGGGCUCGUACAUAUAUGGGGAAAAGCGAGAGGCGUUUUCUACUGGAUUCAAAUUCAAACAGUAACACAUUUUCCAAAAAUUUGGUCCUGAUCUGAUCCAGUAGAUGGUGUUAAUAUCUGUCCGAAACAUUUUUCAAAGUUUCGGUAGAAUUUUGUCCAUAUUUUGAAGGAGCAGUGUAUAAGCGAGUUGAAUGACUUCGAGAGAGGAUCGACCGAGAUGUCCAAAAUGACGUUCAAAAUUAGAAUGUUGGAAAUAGUUCCGUCGGAAUGCGAUUUUCGUUUAGUUUUCUUUGGUCUACAACUAAUUUAGAAUUCGAAAAGCGGAGCUCAAAAGCGCUCAAAAGGUCAUUAGACUAUCUCACAUUUCACUCGCAAAGUCGUUUCCAUCUUCUUGACUGAUUCACUGACGAAUAUUAAGUUAGAUUUUUUUCAUUGAAAUCAUCGUGAUUUGUUCGAUUAACUCCUAGGUACCUGAAAUAAUUUGAAACUGUUAUUGUUUGGUGUUAGCACCUUUUUAUGAGGUUCUUCACAUUCCCAUCAAGUACAUUCCACUAUAAUAUCUCAUAAUUCAAUUUUAUCGUAAAAAUUUAUCAAUUUCAGCAAAUUUUCGUCCAGAUCAUCGAUUUUCAUCCAUGUAAUUUCAGGUCGGAGUUGGCGAGAUGGUCAGUUCGAUUUAGGAUAUCCAAUCAGGUAUACAUAUAGGUAGAUAAUUUGAAAAUUCCUCGGAAAAUUCCAUUCGUUUUUUCUUUCGUUUCUCCUCGAUUGAGUACUGAUCCACUGUGAAUAUCUAGAAAUUAGAGAUUCAUCUCGAAAUGGUCCAUCAAAAAUCCCGUAAAGCCUUGUGCAAAGUCCUAGCAAUGACCAGAACACACAGCACUUUAUUCAUCUCGAAUAUGUCCGCCAUUGUGGUGCUGGAGCGUUGGAAAAUCGUUUUAGAAACGUAUAUGCACCUGGAAAACAUUUUCCCGAUUGAGCAGACUGAUUGGG